CUGAGGAGCGGUUGGCGGCGGCGGCGUUGUUGUUAGUCAGUCUAGCAGGCCGUCGUGUGAAGGGAAAGAGGAGAGGGCGAGUUCAAUGGACGGAGGGGAUGUGGCAGCUCCUGAAGCUGCUUCCCUUGCCCGCAAUUCCGAAGGCACCGACCCCCUCCUCGCGCCGGCUAUAGUGUCGUCUCCCCGCCACGCCUCGCCUCGCCUCGCCUCAGCCGGUCUGUCGGGGCUCUUUUGCUUGGCAGAUGGACCCUAAGUAACACCGAACGUUAGCUGUGGAAAUUUCAUAAGCUCUGCAGUGGCUGGGAUGUUGCGACAGAACGGUGGCAGCAACAAGCGUGGUUUAGGAUUAACUAAACUGUCUACCUCCAAUUUCUUCACCAUCUCUAAUACAGGAAACUGGGGGAUGGGGCGCAGCACCAAAAGUAGUUCUCUGAGCAGCAUUAGCUCAAACUCUGACUGCUAUGACAGCACUAUUGUGGACCCAGAAUAUAUCAUGCAGCUGGUGAACGAUGUCAGAAAAUUUGCAGAUGUUCUACUUUAUUUGAAAGAAGCCAUUCUUUCAGAAGAAAAUCAAGUUUGUCUCCAUCAAGUUGUUCAUGAACGUUUGGGUGAGCUACUUCGUGUAUUAAAGGCAAUAAUUAACAAACAUCAGAGUCUCAAUUCAGUUGACAUUCUAAGUGCUGCAGGAACAGUCAUUGCAAAAGUCAAAGCUGUGAACUUUAAGGAAGUUAAUGAAGAAAACAAGCGAGAAGUAUUAAGUGAAAUAUUCUCUUCUAUUGACUUACUGGCAUUCACUUUUGGCAACAUAGUUUCAGACUUCCUUAUGGGAGAUGUGGAUAAUGGCUCAGGACUGGGUCUUCCUGUACCUCGACAAAAUCAGUCUUUUGAAAAUCUUUGUGUGGAUUCUGGAGGAUCUUUCCAUGAAAGGGAAGGUGUUCAAGCAACAGGGCACCUUAAUGCUGAAGAGAUUGAUAACACUCUCCUAAGAAAUGAUAAUGGAAUCAAAUCUGCUCUAUCCUAUGCUAAAGCAUGGUCAAAAUAUGCAAAGGACAUUAUUGCAUGGGUAGAGAAAAAGAUUAAUUUGGAAAUGGAGUGUGCUAAAAAUCUGGCAAAAAUAGCAGAAACUACUAAGACUAUUAUUGGAUCUCAGGACUACAUGCCAUUCCAAUCAAUAUUCAUAAACGCAUUUCAAAAUGAUACAGAGAACAGUCAGCUUUGGCAGCAGACAGCAGCAGCUCUCCAAACUAAUAAAUUUUUACAGCCACUCCUUGGGAGAAAAAAUGAAUUGGAUAAACAGAGAAAGGAGAUAAAGGAACUCUGGCAACGAGAACAAAAAAAAAUGCAAGAACUGGAAUCCAGUGUAAGAAAAGCAAAGUUAUUAUAUGUUCAGCGGCAAGAUGAGUAUGAGAGGGCAAAAUCAACAACUGUUCGUGCUGAGGAGGAACAUAUGACCUCCAGUGGGGGCAUUACAAAAGAUAUCAGCAAACUAGAAAAGAAACGUAAACUAGAAGAGGAAGCUCUCCAAAAAGCUGAGGAAGCCAAUGAACAUUUCAAAGCCAGCAUGGCUGAAGUUGAGGAAAAGAGAAAUGAUCUAGAAAAUUUCAAAAGUGAUGUUUUAACACAGUUGCGGGAACUAGUUUAUCAAUGUGAUCUCACACUAAAAGCUGCAACAGUUAACCUGUUCCAGAUGCAGCAUGCCCAAGUUGUCUCCCUACCAGUCAACUGUCAGUCCCUCUGUGAGAGUGCCAAGCUGUAUGAUCCAGGAAAAAAGUUCUCUGAAUUUGUGAAGAAUUUGCCAAAAUACGAUGUUCCUACUGAGUCUGUCUGCUUUGAAACUCAGAGUUCCCAGGUUGGAGGGGUUUUCAGUAAACAGUCAAACAAUGCCCAUGUAUCACAAGGAAGUAUAUCUCAGUGCUCAGGAGAUUAUCCCAUUCAGUCGCUAGAAGAUAUUACAAGCCCAGUCUGUCUUCGCUCUCAAAAGAUUGGAGACAAAAGAUCUUCAAGCAGUACAGAUAUCUCUGCUGUGCGAGGCCCACCACCUUUCAGAUCCUGGUCAGUUGGUAAUCAAAGUGGGGGAAUGUGCAGUGAUUCUGAAAGUGCAGGAGGAAGCAGUGAAUCACGAUCUGUGGAUUCUCCAUCUGCUAGUCCAGUAGGUGACUUUAAAAGAAGGCUUCCUCGUACACCAUCUACAGGUACCAUGUCAUCUGCAGACGAUCUUGAUGAGAGGGAGCCACCUUCACCUUCUGACUGUGGUUUAAAUGAUCUAGCAGCUGAAAUUGCCAGUUCUCCUGGACCUUUUCGAAACACUCUCCUAUCUAAGGCAGCACAAACACACAAACUUCGGAAGCUGAGGGCUCCAUCUAAAUGCAGGGAAUGUGAUAGUCUGGUGGUAUUCCAUGGAGCAGAAUGUGAAGAGUGUUCGCUUUCCUGUCACAAAAAAUGUUUGGAGACUUUAGCUAUUCAGUGUGGGCAUAAAAAGCUUCAUGGAAGACUUCAUUUGUUUGGGGUAGAAUUUACUCAAGCUGCUAAAAAUAGUCCAGAUGGUAUCCCCUUCAUCAUAAAAAAGUGUACCUCUGAAAUUGAAAUUAGAGCCUUAAAUGUCAAGGGGAUAUACCGUGUGAAUGGAGCCAAAUCCAGAGUUGAAAAACUUUGUCAAGCAUUUGAAAAUGGGAAAGAUUUGGUAGAAUUAUCUGAAGUCUAUGCACAUGAUAUAAGCAAUGUCCUUAAACUAUAUCUUCGUCAGCUCCCUGAACCUUUGAUUUUGUUUCGACUUUAUAAUGAAUUCAUUGGACUUGCAAAGGAAAGCCAGAAUAUUAAUGAGGAACUUGAUAUGAAGCAGAUGAGCCCAAAAUCAAAAAAAGGGCAGUCAGUUUGUAUUGAAUUGAAUAGGAUCAUACUUAAAAUCAAAGAUCUACUGAAAUUACUGCCUGCAGCGAACUAUAACACUCUGCAGUUUCUUUUAGGUCAUCUAUACAGAGUUAGUGAACAGUCUCAUGAAAAUAAAAUGUCUGCCAGCAACCUUGGCAUUAUAUUUGGUCCAACUUUGAUUAGACCACGUCAGACAGAUGCCACACUUUCACUAUCUUCACUUGUGGACUAUCCAUAUCAAGCCCGGGUGGUAGAACUUCUGAUCACUCACUAUGAGAAGAUCUUUGAUGUUGCACAGGAACAUUCAUCAGCAGCAUCUGAAUCUGAUGAAAAUUCUUUUUGUACUAGAAGUAUUUUAUUAGAAGAUAAAGAAGCAAAUCAACAAAGGAAAGCACUAUCCUUUGGGGCUAUGAAGGAAAGUGUCAAGUUGAUCCAAAAUGAGAGGAAUGAUUCUGAAACAAGCAUAUCUCUUGAAGAACCAGAUGGUAGCAGAAGGUCCCCCUCCCAGUCUGAUUCUUUAGUGAAAGAAUGGACCUGUGAACUUGAAACAAAACACAGUCUUGGCAAGCAAAAUUCCCUUUCAGAAUCACCUCCUGUCUCAGUUUUGGAAAAUGACACAGUACCUAUAAAAGAACCGGGCAACAGAGUGGCUCCAGUUUCAGAUCAAGACAAUGGGAAGUAUGACCUUAAAACUGAGGAUGGUGUUAAAAGCAAUCAGUUAAUAAGACCUAAUUGUCAAAUAACCAAAGUUCAGUUGCGUUCUCAGAGGACAAAGCCAUUUCUUCGUCCUGUGAGUUUACCUUUAGGACCAAUGCUUCCCCCCUGUAUUUUAAAUGAGCGAAACUCCCAAAAUGCAAGCCUGAGUCCAGAGAAGCUUGGGAAAAGUCCUGUUAUUGAAGAGGUUUCUGAGACACAGUCACUCCCCACUGUUAAUGCUGGUUGUAGACUCUCUUGUUAUGACCCACAGACUCAGAAAAAAACUUGGGACAAGCAAUAUAAGCAAUAUGAUAUGACUUCAAGGACAGCAAUGAUUGUGACCAAUAUAUCCCAGGAAAACCUAACACAAGAGUCUGUAAAUACAUGUGCCUUAGGUAUAUCUAGCAACCUAGUUAACAAUUCAGUAAAUGCCAUAUUUCCUGGUAAGCCAUAUACAGGACCUGUCAGGGCUGCAAGGACUACAGUAGAAACUCAUUCCACAGUCUCUAAUCCUGUUGCUACUUUCAGAAUGCCAAGAACUUUACAGCCACCACCAGGAACAUUUUAUAAACCACCACUGAACAUUAAGGCCAAACCAAAUGAUGAGAGUUCUGCACCCAAACCCUAUGCAUCAAUAAUCCAAGAUGAAGUUCCAGGGCUAGGUGUGAAUCCUGGCCUUGCUCACAGCUCUUCAGAUUCCUCUAGCCAACAUGGAAAGCAACAAAAAACUAGUUCUGAAACCCUUUCCCCUGCAGACCUGAAGCCCACUUAUCAGAGAUUAAGGCCAAAGCGGAUGCAAGAACUGGAACAUAGGGAAGCUCAUUUUGUAUAGGGCAAUAAAAACUUCCGGAACUGUUUUUUUUUUCUUGAGGAUUUCACCUUGGUGCCAUAUUGAAAAUAUUUUUAUAAAUAUCGAUACAGACAUUUUAAAACAUGGAAUGAAAAAAGCUGUGAAGAAUAAUGAAGUUAAUUUUUAUUAUUGUUGUUGUUAUUACAUUUUUCUCAAGAGUAUUUAAAUGCAUUCCAAAUGUAAAAGCAGCUAAUAUGAAGUGCACUCAAAAACCUUAUAAUCUACUUCAUUUGUGGAAUUGUACUUUUUCUCAUGGAAGCCUACUUAUGUUAGAGUGCAGCAGUGAAAGGAGCCCAUAUCCAAGAUUAAAUGGUUUAUUAAGACUGCAGAGUAUAAAAUAUACUUAAUUUAAGAAUAAACCAAAGCUUGAAGCAUUGCUGUAAGUGUCUGUAUUUAGUUUUUUUCCUACUCUGGACAAUUAAAUUCUCCUUGGUUAACGUGAUCUUUAUAUAUUUGCAUGUCAUAUGUUUUAUAUAGCAUUUUUUGACAAUUUAUGUUGUCACUUGAAAGUUACUUGUACAGAAAAGAUUGAACUUUACUAUAAAACUAUUUAAAAACUUAUAGCAGUUAUUGUAUAGUUUAAAUGCACAAAAAUUAACUAGUUCAGUUGCCAUUCAGUAUAAAAAAAAGUGGAAGUGGUGCAGACCUCCCUAAUUAUUAUGAAGUUAGAAUUUUCUCAUCACUGAAAAGAGCUUUUUUAUUGCUUUUAGAGAAAUUUAAAUCUAAGGCGUAGUGAAAUAGAUAAAAAUAACCCACUGUUUAUUAACUUCAUCAAAUGGUGUUUUCACUGUAUAUAAAAAUUGCUUUUUUGCGUAUACUAUUUGCCUUAAAAAUAUUCAUUAACAUCCACAUAUCCUGUAAUGCCCUGCAUCUUAUUCAAUACAGAAUUUUUUAUAUUGUUAAUAUAAUAUGCUAUGAAUUAUCAGACUAGUAUUUUUUUUAAACCAUACAGAAGGGUAUUUAUCCCAUAUAAAAUAAUAAUAUGAACAUUUUUCAAAGAAAACAAGAUUGAGGAAAUUAAGAUAUUUCAAAAUAAGGAGCUAUAAGCUUACCUCAUAGGAAUAGUGAAGUAGUGUAUUUACAGAAGUUUCAGCUAUUGGGCUAUUCCUUUUUCUUCCACUGAGUUCCAGUUCACUGUAACAAAUCACAAAUAGAAGUACUGGAUGUGAAGGCAUAAUUUGACACUAAUAGUCAACUUGGCUGGGACAGGCUGGGGAGUUUUUAGACAUGCUGAUUAAUGUGGAAUAUUACCAGAAAAAACUCUUUAAGAUGAGAAUGAAUGGCUUAUUAUUGUUGUGAACAUAGCUCCACUUCCAUCAAGCAACUGUUUGUGCCACCUUUACAAUAUUUUGCAAAAAGCACAAAAAGUGUUGCAUUAGUUCUCCUGAUGUAUUCACCUGAGUACACGAGAGUUUGAAAGUGGGGAAAAAAAUGGGCUGCUUACACUGGCUCCAACCCAUAUCUUUUCCAGUCUUGUCUUGUUCAGUUGGAAAUUCUGAAGGAUUGCUGUAUUCCAAGUUUGCUGGAAGACUUCUGUGCUGCUGUAUCAGGAAAAACUUCCAUUUCCUGGAAACGUAAUGUUGCAGUUAAAAAGCCAGAACUCUAAUCCACCCUUUAUUCCUUCAGAGAUGGACACAAAGGUUAUGUCCCAGCAGGAUCUGUCAGCCAGCCAGCAUUUGUGUUUCCUGAAAAUAAAUAUACUCUGAUAUUGCAAAUAAUUCCAAAUGACUUAUUCUAAAACAGAAAUAUGCUAUAAUAUAAACAGCAAAUAAAUUAACAUAAAUGGUGUCAGGAGGGCUGUUGCAAUAUAGAGGAAGGACAAAUUGUUGAAACUUGUACCAGACUUUUCACAGAUGCAACAAACCAUAUCAGAUGUGAUUUUUAAAUUUAUUUCUAAUUUAGAUUUAUUAGAGCCACUCAGCUCCAAAUUGCACCUAGCCACUCUCUUCUACCAAAUGUAUGUGGUAGCAAACCCUUUUGUUUAUAAAACAAAUUAGAUGGUGCUUCAGUCACAUGAGGUUGGAGCCACUCCAUGCACAGUGGUAGGAAUUUGAGUCUCUCUAUACCAAUAAUUCAUUGUACCUCUGUUGGAGGAUGAAAACAGCUUGAGCAGUGGAGAUGCUGCUGCAGGAGUGGCUUUGUUUUUGGGGAAAAUAGUAUGGAAGCUAGAGGAGAUAAUUAGGCAUCCCCACCUAGAUUAAAAAGACAUGUUGGGUCAUAUUUAAAGUAAGGUAAGCUUUAAUAAACCAUGGUUACAGAUUAUAGUUGAAGGUAGAGCAAUUUUUCCAUAAUCUGGGUCCUCUAGACAAUCUAUUAAACAUCCCAAUAUGAGUAGUCCUCACUUAGCGAUUGCCUCAUUUAGUGACUGUUUGAAGUUACAACAGUGCUAACAAAGCAACUUAGUAACUCGUCAUUGCAUUUGUGACCUUCACGGCAUCUCUCUGCUCUUAUUUUCACUUGCUUAUUUAGCCCAUAUCAAGAUGUCCUCAAAGAACCCCAGUUCAGCUGAAGGAAGUAGCAAGAAGCAAAGGAAAACUGAAGUAAAAUAGUAAGCACAGUUGCAGUCACGAGACUUCCACAUAGCAACCACUUUGCUUAAUGACUGAGUUGUCAGUACCAAUUGUGGUUGUUAAACGAAGACUACCUGUAUGUAGAAACAGUCAGUUCCCUUUAUCAAUUUUGGCAUCACAUUUUAAAUUGAGGUGGUCAGAUACUGUCCAGGGGCAACUCCACAAUGUAUUUCUCUAAUCUAAACAUCUUCCAGCGGGGCAAGGUAACUGGAAUCUAUCUGCCUAGAUAGAUCUAAAACAGAUUUUUUGAAGAACCAUAUGUUCCAAUACCAUCCUUAGGUAUUUCAAAAAGAAUAUCACAGUUGAUUGUACUGAAGGGCAGUAGGAGCUCAGUGAGAAUAAACAAGAUUCAUUCAUUCCACUGUGAUUACCUACCUCAGCAACUAAACCCAUAUAGGUUACAACUGAAAUGGGGCGGGGGAUUAGCAUCUAGUACUGGAUAUGCACCAAAUAUUUGCCUCAAAAAUUAUUUGCAUUCCUCAAACUUGAAGAAAGCCUAAAGGAUUCCCUGAAGUUCUUAAAUGUAAUGCUCAGAGAGUAUAACACAGCCCUCCUCUUUCUACUACCACUCUCAUUCCCAUAAAAGAGAAAAGAAAACACAUAACAAGAAAAUGCAGAUCUGGCAAUAACAAGAGCUCUGAUGGACUUUGCUGAGAAGUUUAAUUACCUGCCACAGAAGAAACCAACUGUACUCCAUUUUUCUACUCCUUUACAAAGGUUUUUUAAAAAUCUGGAUAAGAAGGAAGGGGGAGCGCAAUCAAAAUUUCUUGAAGUAACCCGCUUAAAGUGAGUUGGGCCAGGAUAUUUGAGAGUUCAUCUAUCUCCAAUUAUCUUUGCCCACCCUAUAAGAUCAGACAGGGAUGGCAUGCUCUGGGUACUGUUUAUUAAACCUUGCCAUCAUAGGGGUCCCAAAAGGUGUGCUGUCUCUGUAGUUGCUCCUAUCUUCCCAUCCCCAUAAUUUGGAUUGCCCCAGCCUUGCUGGCCUUUCAAAAGACCAUGAAAACCUCAUUCUUACCUCCAGGACUGGGCCGGGAUGUUAUGUGAGCCAUUAGUAUCUGUUAUGUGAGCUACUGAAUCUGGCACUAUAUGUGUUUAUAUAUGGCUUUUUUGUGACAUGUAUUUGUUUUAACUUGUUAGCUGCUCACAAUUGCUUUGCCAUAAGAAAUAAGAAAUAAAUAAAUAAGAAAAUGCCAUAAGAAAUCAGUAAGCAUGUGAGGGUUGCAUGAUUUAAUGUCCCUGUUCUGAAUUCUCUAGUAUUUUCAUGAACAUUUGGAAUUAAGCUGCUGUCACAUCUUGGAAAAACAAAUGUUUUAUAGAAGUUGGUUUUGAAAGAUAAGUUUAUGGAUUCAAUGUUGGUUGCUGACUAUGAGAAGUAUAUACCAUAACAAAAGUAAAGCAUAUGUGAAAAUAAAUGGAAUGUGGUUCAAUGUUGAGCCAAGGGUAAGACUAUGACAUAUACCAUACCAAAAUUCCAAAGAACUUUGAUGAUCAUGCCCAGUAAUGCCCUGCAAAUUGUGGGUCUGGAAGGAAGAUUCCAGAAAAUCCCAUAUAAUGAACACCUUUGUCACUAUAAGUGAGGAGCCAUUGAAACAACAGCCCACAGCUUCUGUAAUGUCAAUCUCACCAAGAUCUGUGACAGAAAUUCAUUGUACCUUCCUUAGUUCAAUAUUCAGGCCACACUAAUUCUUUUUAUCUCGAUUAUCUUUUGGGUGAUCAGGACAAUGUAUUCCCACCAUAUUGCCAAAUUUUGUUUAAUAGCUAGAAUGAUUCAACAGGACCUCACUAGGAACAGUUAGCUUUGGUUCAACUUGCUCCACGUUUAGUAAUAACAAUAACUGUUAACCCUCCUGUUUAUCUGUUUCUUGCUAUAUUUAUAAUGGCCUUUUCUGAAGCGUAUUAAGAGUCUCAGUGUUCACAGUGACCUGAGAAAGUUUCACCUAUGUUGGCUGUAGUCAUCUUUUACUCCAUUUUGUUUUAUUUAUCUUGUAUUUCCAUGUUUUAUGUCACAGUAUGUAAGGCUGGCCAGUGACUGAAAUAAAGUACUUUGACAAAGAUA